GUCGUUCAGUGAGCAUUGCUGAGCUGCUGAGUGAGUGAGUGAAUGAAAGAAAUAGAGGAGGCAAGCAAGCUGGGUCGCUGUGCUUCUUGUGUUGAGCUGUUUUUGAUAGUUUUGUGAUUGUGUUACGGGUAAAAGUUAUAAAUUAAUACUAUAUUUGUGGUUUAAUUACUCAUUUGUGUUAAAAAAAUGGCAAUGCAACCUCAUAGCAAGAAGAGAGUGUGUUAUUACUAUGAUAGCGAUAUUGGUAAUUACUACUAUGGGCAGGGCCACCCCAUGAAACCGCACCGCAUACGUAUGACUCAUAAUUUAUUGUUGAACUAUGGAUUGUAUAGGAAAAUGGAAAUCUAUAGGCCGCAUAAAGCAACUGCAGAUGAAAUGACAAAGUUCCACUCGGAUGAUUAUAUCAGAUUCCUUCGGUCAAUUCGGCCGGAUAAUAUGUCUGAAUACAACAAACAGAUGCAAAGAUUUAAUGUUGGUGAAGAUUGCCCAGUAUUUGAUGGACUGUAUGAGUUUUGCCAAUUAUCAGCUGGAGGUUCCGUAGCUGCUGCAGUCAAGUUAAACAAACAGGCAUCAGAAAUCUGCAUCAACUGGGGAGGUGGUCUCCAUCAUGCCAAAAAGUCAGAAGCAUCUGGUUUCUGUUAUGUGAAUGAUAUUGUACUGGGCAUCCUGGAGCUACUUAAGUACCACCAGAGGGUUCUGUACAUCGACAUUGAUGUUCACCAUGGAGAUGGAGUGGAAGAAGCGUUUUAUACCACAGACAGAGUCAUGACUGUGUCUUUUCAUAAGUAUGGAGAGUACUUCCCUGGCACAGGUGAUCUACGAGAUAUUGGAGCUGGCAAAGGAAAGUACUAUGCAGUGAAUAUCCCACUCCGAGAUGGCAUGGAUGAUGAGUCUUAUGAAUCAAUCUUUGUUCCUAUCAUCUCCAAAGUAAUGGAGACUUUCCAACCAAGCGCUGUAGUGCUGCAGUGUGGUGCUGACUCUUUAACAGGUGACCGACUGGGGUGUUUCAACUUGACGGUGCGAGGGCACGGGCGGUGUGUGGAGUUAGUGAAGAGAUUCGGACUCCCAUUCCUUCUAGUUGGCGGCGGAGGUUACACAAUCCGUAACGUAUCUCGCUGCUGGACUUACGAGACGUCCGUUGCGCUCGGCGUAGAGAUCGCGAAUGAGCUACCCUACAACGACUACUUCGAGUACUUCGGGCCAGACUUCAAACUUCACAUAUCGCCGAGCAACAUGUCAAAUCAGAACACGCCAGAGUACUUGGAGAAGAUCAAGAAUCGACUGUUUGAAAAUCUAAGGAUGUUACCUCAUGCGCCUGGAGUCCAGGUUCAAGCAAUACCAGAAGAUGCUGUAAAUGAUGAAUCAGAAGACGAGGAUAAGGUUGACAAGGACGAAAGAUUGCCACAAAGUGAUAAGGACAAGCGCAUCACUGGGGACGGCGAGCUGUCGGACUCGGAGGACGAGGGCGAGGGCGGGCGGCGCGACAACCGCUCCUACCGCUCCGCGCAGCCGCGCAAGCGCCCGCGCCUCGACAAGGAGCCCGGCGCGCUCAAGGACGACCUCAAACCGGAAGAUUCAAAGGAUGACCUAAAGAAUUUAAGCACAGUGGAGGAACCAAAGAAAGAAGUCCCGCCCAACCCCUGAUGCGAGCGGUAGGGCGACGUUAAGUUUAGCCUUAGUUCAUAAUGAUAUGAGACCGAUAUAUCGUGAAAUUUUACUCAACGAGCAUAUCUAACGAAGAUGAUGAAGACACAUUGUGUGUAAUGAUGAUGGACAAGUAAGCCUUUCGGCUGCGUAUGUAACCCGAGUUCUGUAACCAGGUACAAAAUAAGAAAAUUUACCAGUUACAAACCAGUAAAACUUUUUCUGAAUCUAUAAAUGAUUUACAUUAUCAUACGGUAGUAUUUGAUUGAAAGAUAAUUAGUUUGAUAUUUAUUAUUUUUCAAGUAAAAUUAAUCUACCCUACCCUACCCUAUGACUUUUGACAUACGCUGUAUGGAAAGCGACAAGACGUCACAUUGAGUAGGGUGACCAAACUGUAUGCAAACAUGUUUUUUUCUACUUGUCAACUGAAAAAUAAUCAUAAUUAUUGGUGAUAAUAAAUAACGAACAACAUCAUUAGACUCAUCUUUGAAUUCUGUGUGAUGUCUUGUUCUCUUGCUCCACGACCCCGAAAUCACCCUGUAUAAAUAUAAAACAAAUCGGAACCGGACGGUUGGGUACCUUUCCUUGUAAGUUUGUAACUGGUAACGAGAAAAGAUAAAACUUUUUUCUUUUCUAACCUCACAGCGGUUACAAAACAUAGUUACAAAUGCGGCCGAGAAUGUUUGAGUUUGUAACUGGUUAUGAGAAAAGAGUAAAUUUUCUUAUUUUGUAUCUGGUUACAAAACUCGGUUACAUACGCGGCCGAAAGGCAAGUAAGGCUCUCAGAUAUUUUGACAAUUAAUAAAUAAAAUAAGGUUUUUUUUGUGAAAAUAGAAUUUAAUCAGGCACAUCAAUCCGAGCUUUUUGGUGCACAAAACAAGUGCCUACAUUAAUUUAUACACAAACAUAGGUUGGUGAAACUUCAUAAUGACGAAAAACCGUUAAACGCAAUCAAUAAGUCUAAAAGAUAGACAAGAGAUCUCGAAUUAAAAUGUAAGAAUUCUCUGAAUCUUAAAGAGGAUUGGUUUCUGUAGAAUAGAUUUUGUAUUACAUAAUUAUGUAAUGUAUUUGUAUAUUUUACUAGAGUGAAUAGUUAGUUAUAAUAGGGAGCACUCAAAAAAGUUCUGCUAAAUUAGCAGUCUGGUUAGAUACAUAAUACCUAUUAGAGUGAUCCUUCUACCUAUAUUUUGUAUGGAUUGACUAGUAACUCGGAGAAUACCAUCCGACACCAAUGAUAAUUUUAUUUGAUGUGAUCACUAUUAUAAUUUUCUACUUCUAACAAACUGAUAUAGACAGUAAUCAUUUAUAUAGCAACCAACAACCAUACAUUCUAAUAAUUCAUCAUUUUAUUUAUAGAUAUUAUUUUUGGACUAAUACUCAAUGCAUAAGCCAAAAACAUUCUAUUCAAUUCAAUAUUCAUUUAUGAGAGUUAAAGGUUGCAAAAUUUACACAUGAAAAGAGAAUAGCAAAUCUAAAAAUUAUUCCUUAUAAUUAAAUAUUGGGGUACGAAAUGAUUGUAAGAAUUUGUUCUCCCCUCUAGUCCAAAUGUCGUCAAACAGAUUUGUUAAACAGGUUAUAAAAGUGGUCUGUAACAUACUUCUUCAUUUUACUACUGGUAGUACUGAUUGUUACUCAAGAGCAGUCUUUGAAGGUACAGUGAGCUGGGAAAUUGCAUGGAGAAAUGAUAAAUUAAUUCAUUGAUAAAACCGCCAUGCACUUUUACGGCUGAUGGGUACAUACAGUUGUACGAAUGCAGAUUUCGUGCCAGCCCUCUUAUAAAAGUUAUGAAAAGAGCUUUCGUCACGUCACACGUCAUACCUUGUUGCUGAGGUAUCAACGAAUUUAAAGGAUCUAAAAAAAAUAUAUUCGUAAAGUGGCUGGAUUUUAUCAUUGGAUAGUUAAAUGAGCCUCGCAUGUCGAUCCGGUGAAAUUUCAGAUGUCGUUCUUAGGAAAUAUGUCUGUCGUCGUCUCAUUAGCACUACGUCGCUCAUAGGUACAUUUUUUUAUAUUAUAGCCGUGGCAAAGAGGUAGACAUAUUUUCUGAGAUAGACCAUUUUAUAUUCCGUCUAUUUUAAGCGCCUGACAAUCGAAAGAGCAUUAGUUGAAUUUAUUGUACCUAAUAAAAUGUCUCUAACACUAAAUUAAGGAAGUGUUUGAAUUACUUCAUGAAUUUUCGCUAGUGGUAUCUUCGUAAAUAAUCUAAGUUCUAACUUAAUUUAUAGUUAUUUUUAAAGAUGAAGCAUUUAGACUGAAAUAGCUUAUUUGUGUGCAUCUUAUAAAGAUAAAAUAAGCUUUUAUUUUUCUACAAUAAACGAUUACCUACGUACUAGUGUCACAGUGAGAGUAGGUAGUUAACGAUAUCGAUUUUAUCAAUUAGAAUUAGCGUAAUUUUGCUCUUCCGGCAUUCUUCAAUCGUUCACUUGUGUAAAACGUUCUUAUGACCAGUAACACAAAACCGCAAACCACCUGCAUUACAUAUGCAUUAAAAUUGCACUCAAGGUUAAACUCAAAAUACAUUGCUCAAAUCAGUCUAUUUGGCCAAUUAAGUCGCAUUUUGAUUUUUUUACUGAAAAAGUAAUGGCACAACGAAGAAUCUGUGUAACUGGUCGCAAGUGCUGAUGCGUAGGUAUAAAUACUAUUAUUAGUGUAAAUGUAUUUGAACUGCUUGUAAAUCAGAUGCAAUGCAAUCUAUGACCACGAAGGUACGGUGAUUGUCCGUUUUCGUGGUAAUUUGUUAAGCCCUUCGAUCAGAGCCGCCUGUCAAAUGAGUCAUGUAGUCAACAGGCGUUAUAAAGUCUUAUUUGUAAAUUUCAAGUAAUUGCAGUUCCACGUUAUUAUAUUUUCUAUUGUUAAAUAAAUUGCGUAAAAUGUGUCUUU